GAUGCAGAAGCUAUAUUUGGAAUGCAUGUUGAUUUUAAAAGACCUACAGGGAGCAUCGCUACUAGUCCUGGACCCAUUUUAGCUUCUGUUUCCUUCUUUGAGGCAAAAAUAGAAGGAAAAAGUGGGCAUGCUGCAGAACCCCAUGCUACUGUGGAUCCAAUACUUGCUGCAUCAUUUGCAAUUGUGGCAUUGCAGCAGCUCAUCUCAAGAGAAGCAGAUCCCCUUCAUAGUCAAGUUCUUUCUAUUACUUAUGUCAGAGGUGGAUCAGCAUCAAAUGUAAUUCCGCCUUAUGUUGAAUUUGGGGGAACUCUGAGGAGUCUUACAACUGAAGGCUUGCUUCAACUUCAAAAGAGGGUAAAAGAGGUAAUUGAAGGACAGGCUGCUGUGCAUAGGUGUAAGGCGUACAUUGACAUGAAAGAGGAGGAUUUCCCAGCAUAUCCAGCUUGCAUAAAUGAUGAGCGCUUACAUCAACAUGUAGGGAGGGUUGGCAAACUCCUGCUUGGUUCCGAGAACAUCAAGGAAGCUGAAAAGGUUAUGGCAGGUGAGGACUUUGCCUUCUAUCAAGAAUUGAUCCCUGGAGUUAUGUUUCAAAUUGGAAUCAGAAAUGAAAAAGUGGGCUCUACCCACGCCCCACACUCCCCUCACUUCUUUCUCGACGAGGAUGUCCUGCCAAUUGGAGUAGCGUUGCACACAGCCAUAGCAGAGAUGUAUCUGAAUGAUUACCAACGUUCCAUUGCGAUUUAGAUAUAUUUACACUGUCGUUAGUUGGUCUCUCGAGUCGUAUAAAUGUUCCAAUCACUACUCAUACAUUCUGCGCAUUGUAUAUAUUGCAACGAUAAACAAGCAAGGUCAUGUGGUUCCUUUUCUUUUUCUUGUUUGCCAUGGUGACUCUUGCGCUCUUUAAAGUUUCUCUUAUGCAACAAGGCAUCAAGCAGGUAGCUAAGUA